AUUGGCCGCUUGUGGCUCAUUUAACCGCUGUCAGUGCGCAUCAUAUGGCCGCCGCUUUAACCAACUUCUCAACUCCGACAGGGAAAGUGGCUCAAAUGCGCAUUCUAUCACAGUGGAUGUGAACCAACCCAGGCGAAGACAGCGUGAAAUACUGGUUGGAGAACAUUUUAUAUCCCUUUUCGGAUUAAUUUUCAUCUCACAUUUGAAUCAUUUGGGGGUUUAGCAUAUUAAUUUUGUAACCCAGUCAUCCUGUGCGCACCCGAUCUUGUGCGCGCCUCUCUUGAAGUAGACUUUUUCUCUGUUGGUGGCGAAGUUUAAAACCAGGUGAAUGUAUAGCAUGAUGAUGGAAACUGACCUUCAUUCCCCGGGUCCCCAAACGAACACGACCACGGGGCAAACGGGGCCGAACAGCGCGUCCAAAGCGAAUCAGGAGCGCGUGAAGAGACCGAUGAACGCUUUCAUGGUGUGGUCCCGUGGGCAGCGGAGAAAGAUGGCACAGGAGAACCCCAAAAUGCACAACUCUGAGAUCAGCAAACGGCUGGGCGCCGAGUGGAAGGUGAUGUCCGAGGCUGAGAAGCGCCCUUUCAUCGAUGAGGCGAAACGGUUGCGAGCCAUGCACAUGAAGGAGCAUCCGGAUUACAAGUACCGGCCAAGACGGAAGACCAAGACGCUGCUGAAAAAGGACAAAUAUUCCCUUGCCGGUGGACUGCUUUCUGGGCCCAGUGGGGGCGGUGGAGUUGGUUUAGGGGUCGGAAUGAGUUCAUCCGGGGUCGGGCAGAGGUUAGAGAGCCCCGGGGGUCACGGAGGCUCCGCCAGCUCCGGCUACGCGCACAUGAACGGCUGGGCGAACGGUGCGUACUCUGGGCAGGUGGCUGCAGCCGCGGCGGCCGCGGCGAUGAUGCAGGAGGCUCAGCUAGCCUACAGCCAGCACCCGGGGAGCGGAGCGCACCACCACCACCACUCACACCACCAUCACUCACACAACCCGCAGCCCAUGCACCGCUACGACAUGACAGCCCUGCAGUACAGCCCCAUCUCGAACUCUCAGAGCUACAUGAACGCUUCUCCAUCCGGCUACGGCGGGAUCACCUACACACAGCACCAGGGCUCCGGCGUCUCCUCCUCAGCUGCCAUGGGGACGUUAGGGUCGCUGGUGAAGUCGGAGCCGAGUAUUUCUCCGUUGUUGGAAUAACAUCUGCACUGGAACUUUUUGACAAGAGCAAACUGUCCAUCAUGGCUAUCACCAGUGGACAUGGAUCACUGUGGGGCCUGUGAUUAACAGAUAGCACCUCGUCUCCUCCGCUGGCAGGCCAUCAUUACGACGAGCACUAGAAGAUAGUAGGUGCUGUGGGCGAAAAGACCUUUAGGAAAAUGUCAGGAAAAGUCAUAGCCCCCAAAUUUCCUCCAUUCACUCUUUCCCAUGUGAUGCUACCUUCUCUAAACCCCUUAAUUACGCAAACCCCUUUCUCCUACUGCCCAGUGUUUUGUAUCUAAGUACAGUGUCUGAUUUCAGAGCAUGUGGAGGUUUUAUUUCCUUUUUAUUUUAUGUGCUUACCUAAAGAUCGGCCUUUAAAACACACACACACAAAAAAAAAAAAACAACCCCAGACCUGUGUUUCACCCAUCUCAGCAGAAACAAAAAAAAUACCCAGCUCCCCUUUCCCUUUCACUGGAGCCAGCUUCACUGUCUUAAUACUCUUAGUCCCUCAGUUGGCAUGUUUUCCAAGAACCCGCUGCAUUUCCAGAUUUGUAAAAUCCGUCAAAAUGCCUGUAAUGAAUAUUUCUACAGCCUUGAGUGUGUUUAAUGUGCUGUGUGACCGGCCCCAAUAAGAAACAUGUACUGAUCUGGCACCGGGGACACAAGCUGGAAACUGUGUGAAACUGUCAUUUUUUCAUUUGAGCACAAACCUCCUUUAUUAAUGGACGCAAACAGGAAAUAAUCAUUUAUUAUUUCACGCAUAAUCAUAGGUGUCAAUUAACGUCUUUCCAGUGCAUGAAGCUACAUGUCGUGUUUAUUUCUGUUUUGAAUUUCCAAGAAACUAACAGUGCAGUUUUCUUCAUGUGAGACAGGUUCUUUGUUACACACUGUACAGUCUGUUUUACUGUUAUCUUAGCUUCUGCUGGGGAAAAAAAAGAGACUAUAAAUAAAAUCUUUGCCUCUUAUUG